AUGGCCGAGUUGAAAUUAUCUGCUACGACGAGCUCACAAACUCCAUGGAUAAGCCAAAGCGAUAACGCCUUUAUAUUUCAAUUUCAUUCUUCCCCUCACUCUCUCCAUCUCACAACCACCUCAGAGGUAAUUUCAAUGGCGGUGGCGAGUAUGAGUUUCAAUUUGGUGGGAGCAUUCAAAGGACUGGCAAUCGGUUCUGGUUCAUCUUCAUCUUUUUUGCGAGGAGAUUUUGGUUCGAUUCACGUUGGACAGAAAGUCUCCAUCCGGUUUCCGAUGAAAUCGCCGCUGACGAUUGAGUCGGCGCACAAGAAAGGAGCUGGAAGCACUAAGAACGGGCGGGAUUCGCCAGGCCAAAGGCUUGGAGUAAAAAUUUAUGGCGACCAAGUCGCAAAGCCUGGCGCCAUUAUCGUUCGCCAGCGAGGCACCAAGUUUCAUCCAGGGAAGAAUGUGGGUCUUGGCAAGGAUCACACGCUUUUCUCUUUGAUAGAUGGCCUCGUCAAAUUUGAGAAGUUUGGGCCUGAUAAGAAAAAGGUGAGUGUUUAUCCACGUGUGGUACAGCCUGAAAAUCCCAACAGUUACCGAGCAAGAAAAAGGGAGUCAUUCAGAUUACAACGUGAACGGAGACGCGCACGAAGAGAAGGUGUGCUUGCUCAGCCGCAGCUUGUUCUUGCUUCAGCUGCUGAACCAACUGACAGCAAUCCAGCUUGCUGA